AGCAGGGUAUUCAUUGCAAUGUCAUCUCCUCCACACCUUGGAGGUGCCCAGGCCAGCAUCCCGGGUAUGGAUGCUCAGCAAGGGGAGUCCACUGUAGCCUUUAGCCCUGAGCAGAUGGGAGGACUAAUGGGCUCGUCAGUGGAAGGGCUCGGAGGCCUGGAGGGAGUGGCGGCCCAUCCAGGCUUCGAGGCAGCCGCUCUCGCUGCUUUCGCUCAACUGAACAAUCCAGCCCAAGGCUCAUCACCCCUCCCUCCUGAAAUGCUGGAUGAGUCCCUGCAGGGUUCACUUUCGAAGAAACGCGGAAGGCCAAAGGGUGCCAAAAAAGGGACCGGCAGGGGGCGCGAAAGCAAGGGUGUGGGGGCUGGCAAGAAGGCCUGUUCCGAAUGCGGCACCAUCAAUCCAUGUCGUCAAAUGCAGUGUACUGAAUGCGGCCAUGAAAUGACUCCCAAGGGAACUACGAAAAGGAGGCGUAAAGUGUCCGUGGCAUCUGUCAUAGGCGAUCUAUCAGUAAGCCCUCUGGCAGUUGUGCCUCCACUCGGGGAUUCGGUUACUACGCUAGCAGUGAGAGGGAAGGAGGCGCCUCCACCUGGCUACAGGGCCUGCGAUGCAUGCGGCGGCCUUCAACCAUCAGCUCGGAAGAUCUGCGCUAAUUGCGGAGCUCCCAUCAUACCCAAGUCCAUGACUUCCCGGUAUUGGACGGCCCUCAGGAGCGCGCGCCCCAAGCUUCCGGAGCCAUUCCCUCACCCUCCGGACAUUUUCCCUUCAUGGAACUCUGGCAGCGGUGCCUUUGAGGAUAUCACUACAGAGGAUAUCGCGAAUGCUGCCACCAAGGCGAUUGACAGUAGCGAACCUCUCGAGAUUGUAUUCGAGCACGUGCCUGAUCCCUCCGCCCCCGACACGGCGGAGGUUCGUCCAGGGGAGGCGAUGUGGGUUAGUGGUCAGGGAUGGAUCAUAAAUGCAGGCCGGUCGCAAGAAUUGAUGUCGUUGUCUCCAUCCUACAAGAGCAGGCCGAUGGUCGCGGCUCUGGCGUCUCGAACGGAAUCCAUUAUAGAAUUGUGGCCCUUGGAGAAGGAUAAGGUGCAGAAGGUCAGGCGGCUGAUCGUAGGUGGCGAUGUCGCAGACUUCCACUGGGUGGAGUUCAGUGCUACUUCGUCGAGGAUUGGCAUACACGCUGUGCGGAACCGUGACAAGAUCUGGAUCUUGGCUGGCCUUGAAAGCGGCUGUGCUGCUGUUUUCCGAGUAGACGAAGGAAUUGGUGACAAGCAUGGGGAAGUCCUGAGCAAGCCCCUGUCAAUAUUGAGCUGCUCGGGUUUCGGAGAGGUCUCCCCAUUGCUCGCAGUCCAAUGGGCACCAGUAGAGCCUGAUAGCGAUGAAGCUCCUGAAUUAUUCGCAGUUGCAACUCAGAAUGGUUCUGUGUGGGUGAUGUCCACAUCGUGCCCUUAUCCCCUCGCCACUGCGGCUUCCCCUGCUAAGUUCUGGGUAACUGACCUGUGCUGGUCGAGGAUGACCCCCGAUCACGUCUUCUUGGCGUGUCAACUCGCUCUGGCAAUUGACGUCACGUGUCCACCUUCGGGGAGCUGGGAUGUUCGCCGCUGUGACUUGGCGGGAACCAACAGGUCCCUACUGCAGUGCAAAUUCAUGCGACCAGAAGUUCGACAGGGGUACAACAGCCAGGCAUGCAGUGCCUUGCAGACAUCAGCCUAUUCGCCUUGGACCUUCACCGGCUGGACGGACGGUUUCCUUAUGGGCAUCAACACAUCGGAUGAUCUGGCUCGCUGGAUUCAGUACCUUAUUGCGCGGUUUAGCUAUACUGCCGUGGAUGCGUCCAAGACUUUGAAGUCGCAUAUGAGCACGAUGACUGGAUCCCAUGCUUUCUCUGAAGUGCAGCAUCAUCGGCAAGCCUUUUUCUCGGGUGGUAACGUACGAAUCCACUGCGAACUACAAAGACCCAUUACGAGGCCGGUCAGAAGGCGGAAGGCCAGCAUACUUAGUGGUGGAGGAACAGUAAAGCCCAUGCCUGGUGACCCUAUCGCAGCCGUCUGUGUUCGAACUGGACAUUCUGAGCCCACUGACCAUGUCGUGGCAACAGCUCUUACCGGUGGACUUGUGGUUAUCCAGAGCACAAGCUACCUUUCUAAAGGCCCCCAAGCUCCACGGUCUAGGCGUUGA